AUGAGUUCAAUCUACAAGAUCGCAGUUGCUUCGGCGCUCAUGAUGAGCAGCCUUGCAACUGCCCACGCCACUCUUGCCCUUGAUGAAAACUUUGCAGACCCAUCCGUGAUCCAUACCAAAGAUGGUUACUACGCAUUUGCCACGGGUGGUAACGGGGUGUAUGUGCAGAUGGCGCAUUCCACCGACUUUUCCAAGUGGGAGUUGAUGCGCGGCCACGACCCCGUACCUGGUCCCUUCCCAUCCUGGGUGAACAGCCAUCCUAUGAUUUGGGCCCCCGAUGUGAUUCAGCGUGAUGAUGGCAAAUUCGUCAUGUACAUUUCAGCCUCUGUCAGUGAAGGGUCCCACAGACACUGUAUCGGCGCUGCCAUUGCAGACAAAGUGACGGGUCCCUACACUGUGGAGAAGAGUCCUCUGGCUUGCCCAGUCGACAAAGGUGGAGCCAUUGAUGCUGAUGGCUUCAAAGAUGGAAACAUCCACUACGUUGUCUACAAGAUCGAUGGCAACAGCCUGAACAAGGACAACAAGCUCAACCCGACUCCAAUCAUGCUGCAAAAGCUCAAAUCGGACGCCGUGACGCCCGACGGCGACCCUAUUAAGCUGAUCGACCGCGACGAGAUUGACGGACCCCUUGUGGAAGCCCCCAGUCUUGCCAAAGUAGGUGGAACCUACUAUCUCACCUUUUCCUCGAACUGGUACAACACUCCCAAGUACGACAUCAGCUAUGCCGUCGCGAGCAAAAUUACUGGUCCUUGGCAGAAAGUUCACGGUCCCGAUGCCCCAUUGCUGGUCUCGGGUGACUCGAGUAACGUGGGACCCUUGAGCGGGCCGGGAGGCGCUGACUUUAACGAAGACGGAUCCAAGAUUGUCUUCCAUGCUUUCAAGAAUGGCAAAUCCAUCGAUGAUGGGCGUGCCAUGUACGUUGCUGAUCUUAAGCCUUCCUUGCCGCCUCAAGAUGGCUCGACUCCGCGGCCAGAUCUGCCCUUUACAACCCUCACGUUUGCAACGUCGCUGGAUUCUUCACUGUCCUUGGCACCGGGUACGCGCACGGCAUUGUCAGGACCCCAGUCCAAAGCAAUGACCCACUACUUGCGAUCUCGUCAUGAUGGCAUUUUGAUCGGCGUCGGUACCGCCGUGGCCGAUGACCCAGGGCUGAAUUGCCGGAUCGCCGGGGUAGGAGGCUACGGCGGCGAAGGCUUGCACGGUCAACCCCGGCCUAUCGUCAUUGAUCCUUCAUUAAAGUGGGACUUUUCUGAAGGAAGCAAAUUGUUUCAAAUGUGCAGAGAGGGUCGUGGUCGUGCGCCGUGGAUUGUCACCACGGUGCAGGAGCCCCCAGCCGAAAAGGCAGCUCUGAUGGAAGCUUAUGGUGGACGUUUCAUCACGAUGAACAUUCCGUCUUCGGAUUCGGGGAGUCGCCGCAUGGAUUGGAGGGGAUUGCUUCGUGUUUUGCGAUCAAAUGGCCUCCGGAGUGUGAUGAUUGAGGGCGGUGCCCGGGUGAUCAACUCGUUACUGGAGCCGUCCUACAUGGCUCUUGUAGAUCGAGUCAUUUUGACGAUUGCGCCCACGUGGCUGGGGCAAGGGGGCGUUGUUGUCUCCCCUGCUAGACGGUUGGGUGAGGAUGGGGAGCCAAUGUCGGCAGCGAGGUUGAAAAAUGUGCAGUGGUAUCCGUUUGGAGAGGAUGUCGUUCUCUGUGGAGAGAUGAAGAUUUGA